GCGAUGCGGACACGAAAAAUAGCACACUGGGCCACGCACCAAGGGUCGCCGAUUACUCCGGAGUGCUCCCGGGAGCAUCUAAGCAUGAUGGAGCAAGACCAUACAGCACGUGACAUAUAGUCUCCCUUUGUCAGCUUAGCCAUUUAACUAUAAUGUACUCAUAGUAUAAGACGCAAUCAAGGCACACACCUAUGGAGCCUGUCACUCGCCUUUGGGCCAGAGAACACGCCCCAGGUAUGUCCCAACAACGGGAUGAUAGCCUGAUCCACAGCACAGCCAAAUCCGCGAAAAUACACAAACGUCUGAAACCGGAGAAGGCAGAUAAACAGUGUACAGCACCAGGACCUGAACACCUGCAUACCCAGCAACUUGCCAAUGAAAUAGAGCCAUUCCCAGUGGAGAGCAUUUCAGAUGAUCUGGACAUUGCAUUGCCAGCCUCACCACCAUCAGACAUGGACAUGGAGAUGAUAGACCGACCACCAUCAGCCCUGUCAGAGCCCCAGAACCCAAAUGGGCAACUGGAUCAUGAGCUUACAAGACAUGUCGGCACUAUCCUACAAGCCCGGGCUACGAGAGAAAAGGAGGAGGAUGAGGAGAUAAUGGAGACCCUAACUCUACUGGACAAGAAAAUUUGCUCUAUGAAACAGAAAGAAUAGCCUAGGGUCCUCUCCUUUGGCAAGGCACUUCACACAUUUGUGCAGAAAUUUUCCACCCAACCCAGUGCCAAGACACAAGACCAAGGCCCGAUAGCCACCUCCCCCCAGACUGAGGCCCCCCAAACAUAUGCGGCUGUUGUCACAGCAUCCAAACUAGAAAUUAAAACCAUGAAGAAACCCCAAAACACAUUCUCUAAACCAGAAAGUGUGACG